CUCUCGCGACGGAUCUUCUACUUAGGUCUCUCUCUUCUUCACCUUUUCCUCACUUUUUCAAAAUCAGUAGAUUUAGGAAUUUCAGAAUUUGAGCGAAAUUUAAAGUAGACGACGAAUCGUCUGAAUUCGAAUUUCAAGUAAAAUUUGCAGAGAUGAUGAGGAUGUUCAGUAGAGGAGGGAAGGAUUCACCGUCUGAUUCAGCUUCUCCGUCACCGAGAUCAUACCCUUCGACGUCUCCGGCAUCUUCGUCUGCAGUGACGGGACCACCGAGACCGAUUCGUUUAGUUUAUUGUGAUGAGAAAGGGAAGUUUCGUAUGGACCCUGAAGCUGUUGCUACUUUGCAACUCGUUAAGGAACCAAUUGGUGUUGUUUCUGUUUGUGGUAGGGCUCGUCAAGGAAAGAGCUUUAUUUUGAAUCAGCUUCUUGGACGCAGUAAUGGGUUUCAAGUGGCAUCAACACACAAGCCGUGUACCAAGGGGCUUUGGUUGUGGAGUUCUCCUAUAAAAAGAACAGCUCUUGACGGCAGCGAAUACAAUCUUUUGUUGUUAGAUAGUGAAGGAAUUGAUGCUUACGACCAAACUGGUACCUAUAGCACUCAAAUAUUCUCAUUAGCUGUUCUUUUGUCAAGCAUGUUCGUAUACAAUCAGAUGGGAGGCAUUGACGAAGCUUCACUGGAUCGCCUUUCUCUUGUCACUCAAAUGACAAAGCAUAUCCGUGUAAAAGCUUCUGGAGGAACGAGCUCACGUUCGGAACUUGGGCAAUUUUCUCCCAUCUUUGUCUGGCUGUUGAGGGACUUUUAUUUGGAUCUAGUGGAAGAUAAUCGGAAGAUUAGCCCACGUGACUAUUUAGAGAUUGCCUUAAGGCCAGUUCAAGGUACUGGAGGAGAUAUUGGUGCUAAAAACGAGAUCCGAGAUUCAAUCCGUGCUCUUUUUCCGGACAGAGAGUGCUUUACCCUUGUAAGGCCUCUGAACAAUGAAAAGGACCUGCAGAGACUUGAUCAAAUUUCGUUGGAAAAAUUGAGACCUGAAUUUGGUGCUGGCCUGGAUGCAUUUACCAAGUUUGUUUUUGAGAAGACGAGGCCCAAGCAAUUAGGGGGUACUGUGAUGACUGGCCCUAUUCUUGUCGGUAUUACACAGUCAUAUCUGGAUGCUUUGAAUAAUGGUGCCGUGCCAACAAUAACCUCAUCUUGGCAGAGUGUCGAAGAAACUGAGUGUCGAAGAGCAUAUGAUUCUGGUGUAGAAGCCUAUAUGGCUGCCUUUGACCAAUCAAAAGCUCCUGAAGAAGGUGCACUGAGGGAAGAACAUGAAGAAGCAGUUCGAAAAGCCUUGGCUAUGUUUAACUCUAAUGCUGUAGGGGCUGGUUCAGCAAGAAAAAAAUUCGAGGAUCUUCUCCACAAGGACUUGAAGAAAAAAUUUGAGGAUUACAAGAAGAACGCUUUUAUGGAGGCAGAUUUGCGAUGUACGAGUACUAUCCAGCGCAUGGAAAAGCAGCUUAGAGCAGCUUGCCAUGCCUCUAACGCAAAUAUGGAUAAUGUUGUCAAGGUUCUAGAAGCUCGUUUGGCAGAGUAUGAGGCAUCAUGCCAUGGCCCGGGGAAAUGGCAGAAACUUUCUGUGUUUUUGCAGCAAAGCUUGGAAGGACCUAUAUAUGAUCUCACCAAAAGGCUUAUAGAUAGCAUCGCUAUAGAGAAGAAUUCCCUUGCAAUGAAAUUCCGUUCUGUUGAAGAUGCGAUGAAACAUUUAAAACAGCAGUUGGAUGAUAGUGAGAGAUACAAGUUGGAAUACCAGAAACGUUAUGAUGAAUCCAACAAUGACAAGAAGAAGCUGGAAGAUAUAUACAGAGAGCGCAUAACUAAACUACAGGGGGAGAAUAGUUCGCUGAACGAGCGAUGUUCUACGUUGGUUAAAACCGUGGAAUCUAAAAAAGAAGAAAUCAAAGAAUGGAAAAGAAGUUAUGACCAGAUUGUUUUGAAGCAGAAAGGUGUUCAAGAUCAGCUUAGUUCUGAAAUGGAAGUCCUUAGGACAAGAAGUACUACUUCUGAAGCUAGGGUUGCUGCAGCUAGAGAACAAGCCAAAUCUGCUGAAGAAGAGACUAAGGAAUGGAAAAGGAAGUAUGAUUAUGCGGUGGGAGAGGCUAGAUCUGCUCUUCAAAAGGCUGCUUCAGUGCAAGAACGUUCAGGCAAGGAAACACAGUUGAGGGAAGAUGCUCUUAGAGAGGAAUUUAGUAUCACUUUAGCUAAGAAGGAUGAAGAAAUUAAGGAGCAGGCUACAAAACUUGAGAAGGCGGAGCAGUCUCUAACUGUUCUAAGUUCAGAUUUGAAGGUGGCUGAGUCAAAACUUGAAAGCUUUGACGUAGAGUUAGCAUCACUGAGAUUAAAAUUAAGUGAAAUGACUGAUAAGUUGGACAGUGCCAACAAAAAGGCUCUAACAUAUGAAAAGGAGGCUAAUAAGUUGGAGCAGGAGAAAAUCCGUAUGGAACAAAAGUAUCGAUCUGAGUUUCAACGCUUCGAUGAAGUCAAAGAGAGAUGUAAGGCAGCCGAAAUAGAAGCUAAACGCGCUACUGAACUGGCAGACAAAGCUCGAACUGAUGCUGUCACUUCGCAAAAGGAGAAAAGUGAGAGUCAGAGGUUGGCGAUGGAAAGACUUGCUCAGAUCGAACGAGCUGAGAGGCAAGUCGAAAACUUAGAGAGACAGAAGACUGACUUGGAGGAUGAAUUGCACAGACUUCGUGUGUCUGAGAUGGAGGCUGUCUCCAAAGUUACAAUCUUAGAAGCAAGAGUCGAAGAACGAGAGAAAGAAAUCGGGUCAUUGAUAAAGGAAACCAAUGAACAGAGGGCUCAUAACGUGAAGUCACUUGAAAAGCUGUUGGAUGAAGAGCGUAAGGCUCAUAUAGCUGCAAAUCGAAGAGCUGAAGCUCUUUCUCUUGAGCUGCAAGCUGCACAGGCACACGUUGAUAAUCUUCAGCAAGAAUUAGCUCAAGCUAGGUUAAAAGAAACCGCACUUGACAACAAAAUCAGAGCUGCGAGUUCCUCACAUGGGAAGCGGAGUAGAUUUGAAGAUGUCGAUAUGGACAUUGGAGAUGCAGGUGAUAGAGUCUUGAGGACUAAUAAACGAGCUCGAAGCACGAGAGGAGAUGAUCACGGUCCUACUGACGAAGGCGAUGAGGACUUUAGCCAUCAAGACAAUGGCGAGGAGGAAGAAGAAGAAGAUUACAGGAAGCUUACUGUGCAGAAUCUAAAGCAUGAGCUGACCAAGUAUGAUUGUGGACAUUUGUUAUUGAACAGAGGCCAUCAAAACAAGAAAGAGAUUCUUGCUUUGUAUGAAGCUCAUGUUCUUCCAAAGAAAGCUUUAGUGAAAGAGGAAGAGAGAAAGAGACAGAGAGAAGUCACUUCGUCUUAGAGGACAAGACUCUGUACAGAGUAAGGAUGAGAUAAACAUGUUUUAAUCUCAAAAGUCUCGAUCUUUAGAGAUUAGUAAAGAGUUGGAUUUAGU